GAGCUGUCCAUCAAGGUGGCUGUGGGCUGCGCUUGGUCCUGACGCAUCAUGGCGGCUGUGGGAAGAGCGAUGAGAGGGCGGCCGCGUCACUAGCGAAAGCGCCCGGAAAACAAAAAAUAUCCGCCGCCACUGCCACCAGGAAAAUGCCCACGCAGUCAGCGGACCGCAGAGUAGCGCUUGUGAGGCACGGUUUGAGAAGGAUAUCGGCGCGGAGCUGGAAUCGGGGCCUGUGAGGAAGGAUGAGCUGCGGCGGGCUGACGCCAGUCACCAUUUGUUGCCGGAAAAUCAGGAAGAAAAGCGGCGGCCGCCGGGUGUAGUCGUGAGCAGCCGCUCGCAUCAAUGGGGGGCCGUGUAAAUGCUGGCGGUCGGCAGUCUUUGACAGCGGUUGAGCCGCGGCCGAGCAUAGCGAUGAGCGCCGGCAUCCUCCUGCUGCUGGCAUUGCGCACUGUCCAAGGCGCUCCACUUCCGCAAACAAGUGCAGGGGAAACAGCUGUUGAAGUCUCUUCGUCACUGCUCAUACUUUCUGGGUGCAGUUUAGUGGUCCUCGUCGUCCUGAUCGUGAACUGUGCAUCUUGCUGUAAAGACCCAGAAAUAAAUUUCAAGGAAUUUGAAGAUGAUAAUCUUGAUGAAGAAAAUGAUUUCAUACCACCUGCAGAAGAUACUCCAUCACCUCCAGCGCCUGCUGAAGUUUACACUCUCUCAGUUCCAAAUAUUAUGCUCUCUACUCCAACGCAACUUCAUUUAUCUAAAACACAAGGAGUAUCUUCAGCACCUUUUGCACGUCAUCACCUUAGUUACAUUCAGGAAAUUGGAAAUGGCUGGUUUGGUAAGGUUCUUCUUGGCGAGUUCUACCAAGAUUCCAGUUUAGUCCGAGUGAUUAUAAAAGAACUGAAAGCCAGUGCAAGCUCAACGGAGCAUCAGCGAUUCCUUAAAAAUGGAGAGGCUUACAGAGUUUUGCAACAUCCAAAUGUGCUCCACUGCUUGGGACAAUGCGUGGAAGCUGUCCCUUACCUGUUGGCAUUUGAGUUUUGUCAGCUGGGUGACAUAAAGGGCUACUUGCACAGUCAAAAGCAUGAGCAAAAUCCACUUGGUUCAGAAAUACUGCAGCUGCAAAGGAUGGCCUGUGAGAUCGCUGCUGGACUUGCUCACCUGCACAAGCACGGUUUUGUGCACAGUGAUUUAGCACUACGGAACAGUUUCCUCACAACAGAUUUGACAGUAAAAAUCGGCGAUUAUGGCAUAGGAUUCAGCCGGUACAGGGAGGAUUAUAUUGUAAGCAAUGAUGGGCAAUAUAUUCCGUUGCGGUGGAUCUCACCUGAGCUCGUGGGUGAUGUUUAUGGAAGCAUGGUCGUCGCGGAACAGACAAGACAGGGCAAUAUUUGGUCUUUGGGUGUUGUACUAUGGGAGUUAUUUGAGAACGCCUGCCUGCCCUACAUGCACCUUUCUGACAAAGAGGUGCUAAUCUUUGUUAUAAAGGAACAGCAAAUUAAACUCCUUAAACCUCAGCUGGAGUUGACUCACUCUGACAGAUGGUAUGAGGUUCUGCAGUUUUGUUGGCUAGCCCCAGAGAAGAGGCCAACAGCAGAGGAGAUUCACAGACUGUUAACUUACCUCCGCAUGCAGAGCCAGAAGGAAUGUGAAGAUGACUUUGAAAUAAGAUGGAACGCACUAAAGUCCAGCAACAGCAAUAGGCAAGCUACGGCAAACAACUCAUCGUUUCCAAUCCUGGAGCAUUUUGUUGCCGACAGAUUGAACCAGGAAAUGGACGAUAUCCUCACCGUUACCGAAACUAGUAAAGGGCUAAAUUUUGAGUAUGUCUGGGAGACUGCUAAACUUGACCAUUUUGAAGAACAUGUUCAGGGAAACGAUGGAGCAAAGGUCAACUAUCAGAGCAUUUUCUACCCCACAGUUGCUUUCGAGAAAAGUGGUUUCUCGGUCGUCCACACACAUUCAGAUGAUAAAAUUGCUAGAAAAGAGGAAAGUGGAAGCCCACUUUUAUCAGGGAUUGUGCCUGUAUUUGAUACCCAUUAUCCUUCUAUUGGAAAUGAGUACUAUAUACAGUUGGAGGAACAAGGUGAAACUAACGUGGGUGUUGAUGAAAAUUCAAGCUAUCCCAACGAGGGAGCUUUCCAGAACAAGGAUUCCCAGUCCUUUGUUAUUCUCGGAGACUCUGGAGAUGAUUUGAGUACAGAUGUUGAUUUCUUCCUACACUCCAAUCAAGACUUGCACAAGUCUGAAGUAAGCGAGGCAUUGUUUAGUUCCUGCACUUCUAGUUACGCUGAAAGCCCUCGCCACAAUGAUAUCUUUUAUGAUCACAAGCUGGAGGAGAUGCCUUUUAACAAAGGAAUCUUGAACACUGAUGAAAUCAUCAUGCUGGAUCUGCCUGAGCUCACGGACACUAAAAGGAUAAAUGCAUCUGGUCUAAUUUUAAACAAAGAAACUCCCAUGGAGUCGCUAAUCCAUCAGUCUCUGCCGCUUGAUUUGAAUGCUUCCAGCCCCAUUUUGGACGAAAAACCAGACUUAAUUUACAACAAAAGCAUCAAUAAUGACGGCAGGUCGGGAUUGUUCCAAUCCGAGAAAUUACCUUCUAACUUUUUUCUUAAAGAAAAUAGACUUUUACAGGACUCUUCACCCAAAGGUGAUGCUGGCAAUGAUGCAGGAAAUGAUGAAGGAGGUUCACUGAAUAACUUUGCUUUAUUGGAUAUGAACGUUGCCUGCAUUACUUCGCCCAUCAGUGCUAACAGUCCAAAAGACCCAGGGUUAACUGAUCAGAGUAAGCAAUUAACCAGUGCUCAACUGCAUGGAAUUGCCUGCAAUGUUACUGACCAAGUGUAUCCACAGAGUGGAUCAGUUCAGAUUCCAGCAGACAGCAAAAGGGCGCCGUGCAUUUUAUUGGAUGACGAUAAAUUCACUUGUGAAGAAAGGCAAGUUAAACAGGAGUUAGAUGAAGGGUUUUUAAUGUAUGAUAACUCAGGGUUAGGAUGUAACACUACUGAAGGACGCAUUUUCCAAUGCGCUUCCACUUUGCCUCAAGCACACUGCCAAGGGACUGCUCAGUGCAGUGAAAGUGCCGCUGCUAGCAUGUGCAAUAAUGCCAAAAUGCACCACCUCGCUGAAAGUGAAACAGUGGAAGGAAAUGCAACCGAAGUCAGAGUAACAGAAUUGGCAAAGCAAAUUGAAGCUUCAGAUGUUGAAUCUAUAGCGCCGGCGCACAACGCAGUCAACACAGAUAGAGAUAUCUUGCGCCACUGCGUGCAAGACACCAGUAUAUUAGCUGGACCCUUGUCCGAGCUCACCUUAAAAACAUUAGCAACCACUUCCCCUUCUGAAACCUCAAGUGAUUCUGAAACUGUUGAAUCAUUGACUUCAAACAAAUAUAUUUGUUCAGAGAUUUCUAAAAUGCAGGACACUGUUCCCUUGUCUGAAACUCCUUGUGGGUCCAAAAGUGUUGAAUUGUUAGCCCCCAAUCAUUCUGGGGACACUUCAGUAGACACUUUAGAAUCUUUGGAGAUGACUGAUGUGGAUGAACCCUUCUCCUAUAGCUUUGUAAAUACAAAAUCAAUGGAUUCUGUGCCUUGCUCGGAUUUAUCAAGUCAAGUUAGCCCUGUAGAAGAAGAGGUUGCAUCGGUCAUGCAUCCCAGUUCAGAACAAUCUACAGGUACACCAGAUUCAUUGGAUUCGCUCGAGAUGCAUGGGGUGAUAGAGACUUUAGAAACGCAAAAUACAGUUUCUCAGAAGUUAAAGCCGCCUCAGAAACAGCCUGACAGUGGCUAUGAAACUGAAAAUAUAGAAUCGCCUGAAUGGUCUUCUCAAUUGUACAGCGCAAAUGCACCUCCCACCUCUACUGAUCGAAAUGCUUCCAGUGACGAGUUACCUAAUACUUUCCCUUCAAAUCCACUUAUUAUUAUUUCCAAGGAGGAAACUCUUCCAGAUGUAGAAAUCGUUGAUGUAGAUGCUUCCAAGGAAGCCUCAAAUAUGUUGAGUAACGGUAACCAAAAUUCCCACCGAGACUCUGCUUAUUUCUCGGAUAAUGAUUCUGAACCAGAGAAAAGAGCAGAUUGCGAUAUUACCCAGAGUGCAAAUGAAGAAAAUGAUCUUAAGAACGGGGUUGAUUUUGAAAUUGUUAUUCGUCACGGUGACAAUGUCACAACAACUUCUGAUUUCCUUGACGCACAACCGGAUAUCUUAGGGGAAAUCUCGGGCGACAAGAGUAAGUUGCCGCCAUCGUACAGCUCGGGCCAAGGUGAAUUUCCAAAUAACUUUCAAAGUGGAAGCCCAGGCAACUUCAUGAAGAUAAACACCGAUGCAAAAUCUGAGAGUUUGGAUGUGUUGAGGGCAGUUGACAUUGAUGAAUCGGGAUCGGAGAUUUUGUGCAGCACUGCCGAUAGUAGCAAUCCGUUUUCUGAAGAUAUGAAGGAAGACUUUGAAAUAAUUGUUGAGAAGGACAUUAAGAAACCGUUGUCAAGAGGUAAUGAAGGAGUUAGAUUGAAGGAGCCAGACAUUGAAGGCCGGUACCUUGGCAGAUUAGAUGCAUCUGAACUCUUUAACCUUUCCGAAGAACAAGAUGGGAUGGAGGCUGAUGAAGAAGAUGAAAACAGUGAUGAUUCUGAGGACGAGUACAAAGGCUAUUCUCUCAAUAGUCCCAGUUCGGAGAGUGAAGAUGAUGCAGUGCACCCAGUGCCAAUAGUGGUGACUGAGAAUGAUGACGGGAAAGCUCUGAAGAGUUUGUUGAAAGACUUUAGCCGCAGGCCCUCUGAAUCCCUGGAAACAGACCCGAGAACGAAGCAAUUGAAGAAGAUAGUAUCGUUUUUCGGCGAUGUCACAGUCUUCUUGUUUGAUCAGGAGACCCCUACCAAAGAAUUGGGAGAGCAUUCAGCAGCAGAAAACAGUUUGGUAUCUGACAGUGGCAGCCCUGUCACACUAACUGGACCCCAUUCCAGGAUCUCGAACUCUGAGAGUUCCACUGAUGAAGAAGGUGGUGGUUUUGAAUGGGAUGAUGAUUUCUCCGUAUCCUCUUCAGAGUCCUCAUUUAUCUCGCAAACAGCAAACCGACUUGCCUCCCUAAAACGGUCUUCGUCCCCUGCUUCCAGAUAUUUCUCACCUCCACCGUCCUCUCGGACAUUGGAGCAAAAUUGGACAGAUACAUCGUCGUCAUAUUCUAGAUUUUCUAUCUCUCCUUCCAACAUUGCAAACUUCUCUUUGACUCACCUUACGGAUUCCGAUAUGGAGCAAGGAGGAAGCAGCGAAGAUGGAGAAAAGGACUGAAUGACAACUGCGAAGGAAGGUGCUUUGAUUUUUUUUUCCUCCACUGUAUCUGAACGUCUGACAGACCAAGCCAGCUCAGAUUUACAGUAAGAUGGAUAAAUCAACCAAAUGCUUUCCACAAAAUUGAAAUGGGUCUGUGCACAAAAAGGGAUAACAUGGUUGUAUUUCUAUCCAUGUUCUACUAAAAGUUUGUUCUGGCUGGACAGUGUUCAGUGUCACAUCAGUGGAGGUCUGUGUUAAGACCUUGAACAAGCCAUGGAUACAACUCUUGGAAAUCCCCUGUUGAAUUCCUUGUAACUUUAUGGAUGGUUUCACUUUGGCAGACAUAGGAUUAUUAACUAUCCACUAAUUUUUUUUUGUCCCAGUUAAAGUACUGUAAUGAAGAAUUGAAAAGAGAUUUUACCUGCAGUUUUCUGUAUAAAGUGUUGUAUUUCAACCCGUAAACGCUUGCUUUUUGUUCCAGAGAAAAGGAUGAUCGAUUUCAUGAUAUACAUCUAAGGUGCAAUGAGGUUUGAAAAUAUGUUUUAUUUCCGAAUGUGCAUUCUGUAAAAUGCAUCUGAUGAUUUUAUGUUUCUCCGGUUAUGUAGUUGAACUGCCUGUCACCGCAAAGGCAAAUUUCCUAUCCAAUAUGGCAGUCCUGGUUUCCAGUAGGAAUAUAAAUGCAAUGACCAAAAAUUGUUUUGAUAAUUCAAUUGGGUUCCGAACAGUGUCUCUUUAAGAAUACCUCGUUUCAGAUUGGGCCACAGGAUAUAUGCACAGCAAUAAUAGAUUGCAAAGUGUUUAAACUAGCCUGCCAACCACUGGAUAAAGCCAGUGAUGCAGCUGAACUAUUCAUACUUUCAACACUACUCAUGCCCCCACACAUGUGACAGGUAUUUACCAAUUGUUUUGUAAACCCUUAAAAAAAUUUAAAUAAAAAUGUAAAAGUUCAGAUAUAACUUCACUGACUAUUGUGGGACAUAUAUUCCAUAAGGUUGUUGAGGCCAGUGUGAGUUGUGUUUUCAGGCACUUUAUAAAACAAAUGAUUACUUGGACCCACGUUGUAGCCCAGAGUCCUGAAGUGGUCACUUCUCGACUUGCCUGUGGCUCUCAGCAGAUGGUACUGCUCUGUCUCUAGGACGUAUCCACAACACACUAAUAUUGGAAUUCAGAAAUCGAAAGUUAUUGCCUGAACAGUGAUGUAUAAGGUUGUUGUGCAGAAUCAGGAUUGUCUCACCAAUCGAACAGUGACCUUCUAGGAGCAAACAUUGCAGAGAAGAUAGGAAAAGAUUUGGCUUCCCAAGUGUAGCGUUGGGUGACUAUUCAAAGGAAUGAAUCCCAGCUACCAUUCAAAUAUAUUGAGAUCUUCAGUUAUAAAGCAUGUUUCAUUUCAGUUUUUCUUCAGCUGCUUGUUUUUAUUACUAAAUGUGGAGAUGUGCUCAUCAAUACCCGGGGGCCAGCAAGAUUUGCUGGUACUUUAUCCACAUUGG